GAAAGGAAGAGGACGAGGAGCGAGGCCGCGAAGGCGCAAAAGUGUCACGCGCGAUCGGCAACUCGAUCGCCAGGCCUCUUCUGGCCAUGAGACUGUCCGGUCCCCAGGUGGUCCACGCGGCCGCUGGGCACGGGAGAUCGUCGAAUUCCGGUAGCAACGGUAGUUCCGGUUCCAGCAGCGGGUCCAACAACUCAGGUAGUUCCUCCUCCUCGAAUUCAAGCGGAAGUGGCAGCUACUGCGGAGGUGGAGCGGUGACAGGUGGCAGCGGCGGUGGUGGCGCCGUGGGCGGAGGCGCUGGUGGUGGCAUGAAUCCCGGAGGAAACGGCGGUCGCGGGAACUACGGGCCAAGUUCACCGCCCACUGGUUCCCUGCCUCCCUUCUACGAGUCUCUGAAAGGCGGCAAUAAUCUGGCAAAUUUCGCGAACCAGUACAACAGCACACAAGGAAACGGAUACCUGACACCGUCACCGACGGUUGGGAUGGAAUGCGACACCGGGCAGCAGGACGUGAACUCGCAGCAUUCUCAGUACAACGCUCAGGAAGGCAAGCAGUACUCGCUUCUGCAGAACGUAUGCGCGUCUUACGGUUUAACACUGAAGGAGGAAGAAGACCUGUCUCCGUACAAGAUUCAAGCGAACGACCUGCUGUCCGGACAGUACGGUGCCUACGACAUGACCGACACGGGGAUGAUGGUGGACAUGGUAACCGGAGCCGUGGUGGAUCCACUACAAUUCACCGCUACUCUUACCUUCAGCUCGCCCUCGGACCACACCGCCCUCUUGGAAAGUCUGAGCGACGCCGCGGACCUAUUUCUGCCGAGGCUACCCGCCGAGGAUGGCAGCAACGAUCUGCUGGAAGAAUCGUUGCACUCGCCAGCCUCGGCUGGCAGCGGGAUCGGCCAGGACGGUGGGCAAAUGACCACUCCCGUGGAGCCUAGCGUCGAUCCUUUCCCGGAGCAUAGCAUGGCCCUGACCAGAGGCUUCGAUACGUCGAGGCACUACACGGCAGCUCCUCAACAUUUCAGCACCUCGAAACUAGGGCUGACUUACACCACGGGCGAGUCGAGUUAUCAGUCCAUUUCCAAGGAACGUCCCGAGCUGGCGUUACACAUUAAUCAGAAUCAUCAGCACCAGUCGGAACCGCAGCUGCAGCAGCUGCAGAUCCAGGUCCAGUUGCAGCAGCAGCAGCAACAGCAGCAGCAACAGCAGCAACAGCAGCAGCAGCAGCAAACCACAGCCACCUCGCCUCAUCAGCAACAGCAUCAAGGGCUACUGAGUCCUGGAUUAAGCUUCACCGGCCUGGAACUGGACUCUGGUAGCAGCGUGGGCGGAAGUUUGCCGAGUCCCGGAGCAGCUAGCUGUUCGUUGGAUGCUGCCUCCACGUCCACGUCGCCGUCCUGUGCUCUCAUGGAACACGCACCCAGCCCAACAGCCACCGUGUCCUCGGCAUCCGUGAAUACCGUGCAACCAACUGGCCCAGUAGGAGAACCACCACUGACUCAACGGGUCGGUGUACUACAGCAAAGGCUGGGACUGCCUGGUGACUGCCAGCUAGAGUUCGUGAACGGCGGCCACGGAAUUAAAAAUCCUCUGGCGAUCGAGGGUCAGAGACAGGCUGCGGCUAAUCGCGAGGAAGAGAGGGCAGCCCGACCUCCGCCAGGCAAGGACGACGAUCCAAAUCGCUUCACGUGCCGAGUGUGCAGCAAGAACUUCAGCCUGCAGCGACUACUCAACCGUCACAUGAAAUGUCACAGUGACGUGAAACGCUAUUUAUGCACGUUCUGUGGCAAAGGCUUCAACGACACCUUCGACCUGAAGAGGCACACCAGGACACACACCGGGGUUCGCCCUUACAAGUGCAAUCUCUGCGAGAAAAGCUUCACCCAGAGGUGCUCUCUGGAGAGUCACUGUCUUAAGGUUCACGGUGUUCAGCAUCAGUACGCGUACAAGGAACGUCGUACUAAGGUAUACGUAUGCGAAGAAUGUGGUCACACGACGCAGGAGCCGGAGGUUCAUUACCUUCACCUGAAAGAUAAGCACCCAUACAGCCCGGCAUUGUUGAAGUUCUAUGAUAAGCGACAUUUCAAGUUCACCAACAGCAAUUUUGCCAACAUGCUGCUCCAGGGUGGCCUGUUGCAACGGGACUCGCGGAAUACGGACAGCUGCAUAAAGUCAGCCUCGAAAAGCCUCGAAGCGCCUCUUCAACGCGCCACGACAUUGUUGCAUCUGGGUCGAGCUUCCAGCUUCUGAUGCCGAAUUCGAAGACCAAGACUAUGAGGUGGUGGAAGAGGAAAGAAGAAUGAAGAAGGGAAACGAGAAGAAUAGCAGCGGAAGACUGGUUCCGAUUUUAACCGCUCGACCGGAGCGCCAUCGAACGCAUCCCGAAGUAAACGUCGCGCGAAAAGUACCUGCAGGUGGCUCCCCUUUAGCGGUGAUACACGACGGCGUCGAGGGCCAAUGACGAUCGGAUUUACUAAGAAAUUCCGUACGGAAUUCGUGAUUGUCCACGAGAUUCGGGCUGAUCCGUGAAUCCCAGAACGUAGGCAAAGAAAAAGCACACUCGUAUACACAGUAUUGCGCUAUCGAGUACGCGAUCUUUUACGCAUAAGUUUUCACCGAUCGUAGGUUAUAAUAUAUGUACAUGUAUAUGUAUAGACUAUGAUUUCUAGGUUAGGAACAGAGACAAGUCAAAGUCGCGAAAAAUUACACCCGAAGACUCGGAUCGAACGUUUCAGGAAUGACAAUCAUUUCUUCUCGUCGACGAGGUUUCCUUGCGCGAGAUGGGAUAGCGCGACUUUUCUUCGAACGAUUUUUUCCUUUUAGCGAUG